UUCCUCCCCAUGUUGACGUUUGGCAUCACCAUCCUGUGCUGCUCUGCGUUCUGCAAGCUGUUCCACCGCAUCCGCGAGGCUCGCCUGGAGCAUGACCUCAGACCAGAGCGCCCCUCCAUCUUCGUCAUCCCCCUGCCUGGCUCCUCCCACGACCACAACGCCCCUCACCGCCCCCCCGCUACAGCGUGUCCACCUUCUACAGCCUGCCGCCACCCUACAACGAGGUGGAGAUGAAGCCAGAUGUCUUCCUCCCUCCACAGGGCCCUCCUCCCGCCUACUCAGAUGUCUCUCACUCUCCAGCCUUCCCCUCGUUACCCCAGCAACCACACAUGGAACAUCCACAACCCCAUCACCAACCACAGGACUGAACCAACUGGAAGGGGUGUCAUGGCUAAAGACUUUAGGGGGGGAACAGACUAUAUGGGCCUACCUGAGGAUCCAGGUCGGUGUGAGACUGACUGACUGACUGACUGUGAGAAAAGUUGCACCUCAUGUUCUGGAUGUCUUCAAAUUUGUAUUUUUUUCUAUUUCACCAAGAACAGGUUAGAACCUAAUCAUCCUAUCUUCACACAGGGCCUUCUCCAGGUUUGGGCUUCAGGUUAUUAUAGGUUAAUAUCAUUGUGUAGAAUAUUCUGAAUACCUUUCCAGUUCUAUUAUUAUUGUGUUUUGUGAUGUCAUUCAAUAAUGUAUAAAUGAUAUUCAUACUGCUUACGUUUUUACAAUAAAUUAUUUGUACCUU